GACGCAACGCAAAAAAAAAAAAAAAAAAGUCCCUUAAAAAAAAGAAUAGUGCUGAGAAUUCACGGGAGCAGAGAGAAAGGGAGGCAGAAGCCAGCUCAGCCCCGAGGCUGGAGCCAGAGGCUGCGGCGCCAGGAGCCCACGUCCCGAGAAGAAGGCUGGGAGCUAGGGGACUCCCUUGGGAAGGGCCUUGGAGCGCCUCGGAAGGUAUGGAAACAGAAACUCUCAAUGAUAAGUGGAGGUACAACCAUUAGCACAGGACACCGGAAACCGAGCUUCACGGAGAGACCCCCCGGGGGAGUGUGGGGCCUCCAGCCAGCCAGCCAGCAGCUUCUCACCGCCUGCCCUGGCCCGUGAGGAGGGAGCUCAGUCCUGCCUCCCCGCCAGUCUCAGAUCUGUCUGCACCUCCAGGACUGAUAGAUCUUCUUGGCAAAUCUGCCCCCAAAGAUUCCUGCUGACGCUUGUCUAUUCCUGCCUUUUGUGAAACAUGGCACCCGCAGGACUCCAGGAAGAAUCUUAAAUCCUGACCCUCCACAGCUGCCUGGGAGGGCACCCCGUGUGGCUCAUCCACGGCGGGCCCCUGUCAGCUCCGGGAGUGGCUCACAUCCCAGCAAUGCGCUCAGGAGCCCUGACCCCAGCCGGAUGAGAGCAGUCCUGAGUGGGUUCCAACCUUGCCACCCACCAAGAGUCCCACACCACCUCCCGCUGCCUCCCAUGUCUGGCCGCCCCAGUAGACUCUAGAAUGUCUGUGCCUCAGAUCCAAGUAGAAGAAGUGGUAGGUGGGGAAGAAGAGCCGGCAGGAGCGGCCCUGCCUCCGGAUGACCACCUCCGGAGCCUGAAGGCCCUCACUGAGAAACUGAGGCUGGAGACCCGGAGGCCCUCCUACUUGGAAUGGCAGGCCAGGCUGGAAGAGCAGACAUGGCCCUUCCCGAGGCCCCCUGCUGAGCAGGGGGAGUGUGAGGAGGAGGACCCCUCAUCCCCGAGGAGAGAGCCCAGGCGGCAUUCCCCACUUAACGGGAGUGGCCCCCAGGACGCUGGGCCCCAGCCCACUGGCAAGCUGGAAGGCUUUGAAAGUAUCGACGAGGCUAUAGCCUGGCUCAGGAAGGAGCUGAUGGAGAUGCGGCUACAGGACCAGCAGCUGGCCAGACAGCUCAUGCGCCUGCGCAGUGACAUCAGCAAGCUGAAGAUCGAGCAGACCUGUGACCUGCAUAGGAGAAUGCUCAAUGACGCCACCUACGAGCUGGAGGAACGGGACGAGCUGUCUGAUCUCUUCUGCGACUCUCCGUUGGCCUCCUCCUUCAGUCUCUCCACCCCACUCAAGCUCAUUGGAGUCACCAAGAUGAAUAUCAACUCCAGGAGGUUCUCUCUGUGCUGAGAAGCCCUAGAAGGGGUCCGAGGAGCCAGAACAGAGUGUUUGGGAGGCGGGGAGGGCAUGGAGGUUGUAUCACCUUGAGUGAGUCUCCCCAGGGGCAGGGCUUCCCUGUGGCUUCCCCGUGUGGGCCCUCAGACCCAUGGCAGGUGCUCUGUCAGGGGGCCCCGACUGUGGAGCCCCACAACCCCUUGACUGUCCAUGACCCAACGUGUUCUGCAGAAGGGCUGCUCCAUCCAGGUGUUCAGUGAGACCUGGCUCCUAGCAUGACUCAUCCAUCCUCCCCUCACUGACCCGCAUUCCGUUUCCUCAGAAUCACUGGUGCUAUGAUCUGAGAUCCCAAAGGGGGGCCACCAAAUGCUAUGUUUCUUGCAGAAAACUUUCCCAAGGGCACUGAGCCCCCAGGGAGGAGGUGAUUAGGUACCUCAGAUGAGCCCAUCUGCUGUUGCUGUCCUCUAAGUACUGGCUCAGAUUCACCAUAGACAGGUGACUCAGCAGCCCUGACAGGGACCCAGGAGGAAAGGAAAACCAGAAGGAGUGACAAAGUGAAGCUUGGGAACACAGGCCCCAUAACCAUCGCCAGCUUCUCUGCUGAGCGGCCGUCCAGGCUCCUGUCAGUCUUAGACCUUGGCACAACCACGGCUGUGUCAAUUGUUUCUAGUGCAUGCCAGGACACACAGGGGCCACAGGGGUGGAGCAAACACGGAUGUCCUCUCUGCUGCCUUCCCUGGCCGCACACACCAAUCCCAAUCUCCAAAGCGCCCCUUUGCCGCCACCCUGCUCCUCCAGGGGAGUGCCCGAGUGAACUAGGUAAGUCUGUCAGUGGAUUUCCCAGCACCAAAUUCUCCUGGUGGCAUCACCUUUGUCCCCUUUCUGCCCUCCCUAGAACGACUUGAGGAAGCUCAGGAGCUCACCCUGAGCCUCCUCUGACAUUCUGUGCCUGAUUUAAACCACUAACUUCAAUUGAAUCAGACUGUUACUAAUCUGUUGCUAACGUGUUCAGAGCUGUUUGAUUUUUGUCCACAUGGUGAUGCCAGUUGGGUAGGUCAAGUGCAUUAGUUCAGGAUUUGACUUGAAAGGUUCUCCCUGAUGACAAGCAUGAGGAUGAGCAAGGCGAAGACCAAGGCCUCAACAGGGAGGAAAGUUAGCCUCAUAGAAUGCCACCUGGUGCAGGUUCUCCUGCCAGCGGGGGGUGGCUUUUGACGUCCCCUAGUUCAAGCCUCCUUGUGCAUAAAGGAGUAAAGUGAAGCCAGGGAAAGAGGAUGACUUCCCUCAGAUUAUGCGGCUCCGUAGUGGCUACAGACGGCCAACAGGUUAAAUCAUUAUUGAGAAUGUCAAGACAGAUCAUAUAUCAAGGAACUUGGUCCUAAUGCUUUGCCAAACCCACCAACUGCCAAGCCCUCUACACUCCACCUCAUCAUGCAUCCCCCAAGCGUACCUCUCAUUUUGCAGUCCUGAAUAUUUGGGUCCAACUUAGAGCAAUGCCUGGAAAGUGGACCCACAGAACACGUGUUACCAGUCACACUUCCAUAGUUGAAGUACGGUGUCCUGAUGUUCUUUCAUGUUUCAUCUUCCCGUAGAGUCUCUCUGGGCCCAUGCACAUCUCACACAAACACACACACACACACACACACACACUCUGACCCACGUUGGGAAGGUUGUUUUCUUUGGUGGGCUGGCAGUGGGAGGACAUGAAUGAGUGGUCCCUAGUUAGAAAAGAACUUGUUCUCUUUCUGGUAAUGUCAAAGAGCCAGAAGCGUUAUGCCUCCUUCACAGAAGGUAGAGCAACAUAGCUAAGAUGUGUUUUCUGCCUGCCUCUGAGCAGUGACUCAAGUGUGAGGCCCAAAGGACUGGUCCGCAGAGACUUCUUGGUGGAACGCCUGACCUUUUAGACCUGCUCCCCCUCAGGCAGGAAGGGAGGUGGAUUUUCUCGACCCCAAGCUGUCUCUCCUCAGGGAUAAUGUACUAGCAUUGCCCAUUUCCACCGAGACAUUCCUGCCGGGCUUCUCUGAGACGCGUCCUUGGGACGGCUGGGGAGCAGGCUGGCCCAUACCCGCCACCCGCUCUGGGGAGGCACAUAGGCACACGCACUCACACCCACACCCACGCAGGAAAGCCCAUUGCAUCUUCUGAAAAUAAUGCCAAACUGGGUUUUUUUCCCCCCUUUCUAGAAAUCAGUCAUUACAGUAAUCGAAAAAAUUGGCUUCAACGGAAGCUGAUUUCGUUGAUUUGGUCGGUCCAAUUGAAUUGGCAUCAACUGGGUGAUUUAGUUGUUCAGCUCGCCUAAUGUCCCCUUCCUUUCUUUGUUCUCUGAGAGGAGACUGAGAUCCUGGCACACUUUUGGGAAUCGGUUGGAUGUCUCAGCUCUUUUGCUUCGCUCAGCCAAAGAGAAUUUGAUUUGGGGAUGAGGACGGAGGAGAAAGGGGAGGACCAGAGAGGAGAGUGGAGGACCGUCGACUGGGUGCAUCCCCUUACUCACCCAUCACCCCGUGUCCAUUAGCUCCUUAUUCUGCCAGGGAACACAAAUAACUCGGCAGGUCGGUUCAGUGUUGUGGAUUCCCUGCCUUAUGGGGCUCAAGUGAUGUCUGUGCGUCACCUGUAACCUCACCUGCAUCGCCAGCAUCCUGGGGCCACCUUCUGGUGUGCCACAUGUACACAAUGUUUGUAGUUUAAUCAUCUACCCAUCUCUGCCAUCCCCAAGGACCCUGGGUGUAAACCACAAGGUCCCCACUGACACCAUUGUGCACAGCAGUGUGUGAUGCCUUCAUGGACUUGGCAGAGAUCACAGAGGCCCGGAGAGCCUGGGGAGGCUUGAGAGGGCCUGCUCCAGCCCCGGGCCUCCUCCCUGUAGCAAUACCAAGUGCUAUUACAUAAUUGAUGGACAAUUUAUAAUCUUAUUUUUUAUGAUUCUGUGUUUCUAUAUUGCUGUUAGAAGAAGUGAAUAAAAAUAUUUCAAAAGGAGAUACCACAUAA